AUGCAUUAUACCAAGGAGCAUACGAAGCAGAACAAUUUCUACAAAUGUGUGAUAGACGAGGAGGAAACAGCCCUGGCUUCCGCUAAUGUUUUCGAAGAAGCUCUCCAUGGCAAUGCAGCUCUGCUGGAAAGCCUCUCGAGGAUACAGCCAGAGUCCCUGAGCUCUCGAGAUGGGGCCGGAGCUGGUCUCCUGCACCACGCCGCAUUGGGGGGAAAUGCCCAUGUCAUACAGUUUAUCGUCAAUGUACUGGGCCUUGGAGGUGAAAUUUUUAUGACAGGUGGAUUUCAUAACCCCUUUCCAGAACUGAAUGCCCAAGAUGAUCAAGGGAACACAGCUCUUCACUGGGCUGUGAAGAAGAACCAGAAAGAGAGCUGUGCCAAGCUCCUUGAGCUGGGAGCUAACCCCAACAUCCUGAACAACGCAGUCAUGUCCCCCUUGCACCUGGCCGUCUCUCUGCAUCACAACUCCAUGGUUGACCUGCUGCUGUCUCACAGCUGCACAGACGUGAACUUGGAGGGCGACCUGGGAAACACCCCAAUAAUACUGGCCUGCUCUGUGGACAACUGUGAGGCUAUCAGUAUGCUAUUCAGGUUUGGUGCCAGGUUGUGUCACCAGAACAAGCUAGGACACUUCGCCACCCACGCCGCAGCAUUUGCCGGGGCCAGGAGGGCCAUGGAGAUGGUACUGAAAAUAGGAGAGGAGAUUGGCUACUCUGUGGAAGUGCAACUCAACUAUCUGGACAAGUCAAAUAGCAGUCCUCUUCAUCUGGCUGUUCAUGGAGGAAACCUUGACGUGAUAAAAUUCUGUAUUUCCAAAGGAGCCAAAAUUGACCUGCAGCAGUGCGACAAAUCGACGGCCCUCCACUUCGCCUGCACCCAGGGAGCGAUCGAGGAGGUCAAGCUGAUGCUCGCUGCCUACAGCAGGGUGGAAGAUAUCAUCAAUAUCACCGACGGUGCUAACCAGACACCCCUGCACAGGGCAAUGAUAUUUGAUCACGUUCAGCUGGCUGAAUUACUUAUUUCAAAGGGUGCGGACAUCAACUGCAUUGACUGUAAAGGUCACACCCCUCUGCUAUUAGCCACAAGCUGCGGAGCGUGGAGAUCAGUCACACUCUUGCUGUUGAAUGGAGCAAGUCUGGAGAUAAAAGACAAGCUGGGCCGUAACUUCCUGCAUCUAGCUAUUUUACAACCGAAGGGUCUUAAAAAUCUUCCAGAAGACAUACUGCAGCUGGAGGGCGUGCGGGAGCUCAUGAGCGAUGAGGAUGUCGAAGGCUGCACACCUCUGCACUACGCCUGUCGUCUAGGCGUGGCCGACUCCGUCAAGAACAUGCUGGGCCUGCAGGCUUCAGUCUGCCGCAAAUCCAAAGAUAAGAAGUCAGCCCUCCACUUCGCAGCACAAUAUGGACGGCUCAACACCUGCCAAAGGCUCCUGGAGACUAUGGUGGACUCCAAACUCCUGAACGAGGGAGAUGAGAAAGGACUGACACCCCUGCAUCUUGCAUCCCGUGGAGGACACACCAAAGUGGUGGAGCUGCUUCUCAGAAGGGGGGCCUUGUUUCACAGCGAUUAUAAGGGCUGGUCUUGCUUACACCAUGCCGCUGCUGAAGGAUUCACGCAGACCAUGAACAUCCUUCUUGGAGCCAGCCUCAAACUGCUGGACAAAACUGACGAAGACGGGAACACAGCUCUGCACGUGGCUGCAAAGGAGGGCCACGUGUCUGCUGUGAUGCUCCUCAUGAACAGAGGAGCCGAAAUCCUACUCAACAAGAGCGACGCCUCCUUCGUCCAUGAGGCCGUGCAUCACGGGAGGAAGGAAGUGGUCAUGGCCAUCAUUGACACCGACAGAUGUACGGAGGCACUGCAGACGUUCAAGUACGGCUCAAGUCAGCGCUGUGUUGUUUUGGAUAUGAUAGAACUUCUUCCAGAAUCUUUCAAGUACCUUUUGGACAAAUGCGUUACGGAGUCUGAUGAUGAUGUCAACAGUCCUGAAUACCACCUUGAGUACAACUUCCAGUGGCUGCAAGCGCCAAUUAAGCUGAAAAAGGAGUCAAAAGCAGACAAAAUGCUCCAAGUUCAACCUCUUGUGGCACUAAAUGCGAUGGUGCACAGUAAUCAAAUAGACCUUUUGACCCACCCUGUUUGCAAGAAGUACUUGGAAAUGAAAUGGAAUGCCUAUGGAAGCAAAGCCCACAUCCUGAACUUGGCCAUUUACUCACUUGGCCUGCUGCCUCUCUCCCACGUCAUUGUGAGCAUGAGGCCUACCUAUAACUUCACAAGUGACGGCAUGUCCAUCAGCAUGGUUUCCCAGUCCCUGGACAAGCAACCCCAUUUGCUCACAAGCUGCAUGUUCCUGGUUUUGGCCAUGAAUUUGUAUGCAGUUGGCAAGGAGCUGGUGCAGUUAGUGCAGCAGCGCUCGAGUUAUUUCAGGGAUUCCUCCAACAUCCUGGACUGGGGUGCAGCCAUCUCCUCGCUGAUCUUUGUCACCUCCUUGCUGAUGAAUGCCCAGGGUACAUGGCACUGGCAAGCUGGAGCGUGGGCCGUCCUGCUCUCCUGGGUCAACUUCCUCCUGUACCUGCAGAGGUUCGAGCAUUUUGGGAUUUACGUUGUCAUGUUUGGAGAAAUCUUGCGCACACUCAUCAGCAUCAUCAUGCUCUUCUUCUUCCUGAUGCUCGCCUUCGCUCUGGCUUUCUACACGCUCAUGCUCGGCCAGCGGCACUUUGAGAGACUGGACCUCUCCGUGGUUCAAACUUUUGUCAUGAUGGCUGGAGAGCUAAACUACCAGGACAACUUCCUUGAGCCUUGUUUGAACGGCAGCCUUCCCUUCCCUUAUGUGACAUAUUCCAUCUUGGUCUGGUUUGUUCUGCUCAUGCCUAUUCUGCUCAUGAACCUGCUGAUUGGUUUAGCAGUUGGUGACAUUGCUGAGGUGCAGAAGAACGCUGCUUUGAAGCGAAUCGCAAUGCAGAUUGAACUUCACACCAGUUUGGAGGAGAAGUUGCCCUACUGGUUCAUGAAGCGUGUGGACAAAGAGAGAAUCACUGUGUACCCGAACAAAAUCUGUGGCUCCAAGGCCAGUCUGUUUCGCAUCCUGUUUCAGAGUGACACCAAAGAGGCUCACGCUCGUCUGUCCACCUCCAGCCAGCAGCUGACGCCCCUUGAGCAUGAGGUGCAGAAACAGAAGUACAGGCUCAAAGAAAUCUCCAGCGUUCUAGAGAAGCAGCACAACCUGCUGAAGCUGAUCAUCCGGAAGAUGGAGAUCACCUCCGAGGCUGACGACUGCGACGGCCCUCAGAUCUUCCAGACUCUUCCAGAGAAGCAGCUCCUGGCCAAGAAGAGCAGGUGGAUCCCGCUGGUGAAGGCCACGACCCAGAAGCAGUGA